AUAAGUAAGGCGAAGAGAAGAAUUAAUUAAUUGAGCGAGUCAAUGAGCAGAGGCAGGGAGAUAGAGCGCAAAAUUCUACGUCUCCUUCACGGCGGCAAAACCCGCAGCCACCUCACCGAAAUCCAUGGUCACUUCCUCCGCCAUGGCCUCCAGCAAUCCAAUCAAAUCCUCGCCCACUUCGUCUCCGUUUGCGCCUCCCUCCGCAGAGUCCCUUACGCCACGCGCCUCUUCGCCCACACCCACAACCCCAACAUCCUCCUCUUCAACGCCAUCAUCAAAGCCCAUUCUCUACACCCACCCUUCCACGCUUCCUUCUCCUUUUUCUCCCUCAUGAAAACCCGCGCCAUCUCCCCCGACGAGUACACUCUCGCGCCUCUCUUCAAGUCCGCCUCCAACCUCCGCUACUACGUUCUCGGCGGAUGCGUCCACGCGCACGUUGUUCGACUCGGGUUCACGCGCCACGCCUCCGUCCGCGUCGCCGCGUUGGAGGUCUACGCGAGUUGCGAGAGGAUGGGCGAUGCCAGCAAGGUCUUCGACGAAAUGCGUGACCCAGACGUCGUCGUUUGGAACUUGAUGAUCCGUGGGUUUUGCAAGAUGGGUGAUUUGGAAACGGGUAUGAAGGUCUUUGGACAAAUGAAGGAACGGACCGUGGUUUCGUGGAAUCUCAUGAUGUCUUGUUUAGCUAAGAAUAACAAAGAGGAGAAGGCUCUUGAACUUUUCAAUGAAAUGCUCGAGCAGGGUUUUGAACCCGACGAUGCUUCCUUGGUCACGGUGUUACCUGUUUGUGCUCGCUUGGGAGCUGUGGAUAUUGGCGAGUGGAUCCAUUCCUAUGCAAAUUCCAAGGGGUUCCUACAAGACACUAUUAACGUGGGGAACUCGCUCGUGGAUUUCUAUUGCAAAUGUGGCAACUUGCAAGCCGCGUGGAGCAUUUUCAACGACAUGGCAAGUAAAAACGUUGUUUCAUGGAAUGCCAUGAUAUCGGGUUUGGCGUAUAACGGUGAGGGUGAAGUUGGGGUUAACUUGUUUGAGGAGAUGGUGCAUGGAGGCUUUGAACCUAAUGAUUCCACUUUUGUGGGGGUUUUAGCGUGUUGUGCUCAUGUGGGUUUGGUGGAUAGAGGGCGUGACUUAUUUGCUUCUAUGAGUGUCAAGUUUAAGGUUUCACCUAAGCUGGAGCAUUAUGGGUGUGUUGUUGACUUGCUUGGGCGUUGUGGGCACGUGAGGGAAGCUCGUGAUUUGAUUACAAGCAUGCCAUUGAAGCCAACUGCGGCCUUGUGGGGUGCGUUGCUUAGUGCUUGUCGGACUUAUGGUGACAGGGAAAUUGCAGAAAAUGCGGCUAAGGAGCUCGUUCGUCUUGAACCAUGGAAUUCGGGGAAUUAUGUGUUGUUGUCCAAUGUUUAUGCUGAAGAAGGGAGGUGGGAUGAAGUUGAGAAAGUUAGGGUUUUGAUGAGGGGAGGCGGUGUCAAGAAAGUUCCAGGGCAGAGUGCAACUGGAUAGUGGCAACUUGCGAGAAAUAGCUGUCUUUUGGUUGACACAAACUAAAGGAGUUCCCUUUUUUAAUUUAAUGCAUGCAUGCAUGCAUGAUGUUAACUUACACAAAAACGUAGUACCAUGAAGAUUGGAGAAUGCCACCAAUCUCACUGAUCAAGUCCCAACUCCAGACAAUUUUGACAUUUCACCACCACGGCUUUGAAUUAUAAAGGAACCAAUUAUUUAGAUAUGUCAAACUCUUAGUUGGAUGUACUGAUUGGUUCAAGAGCACGCUGGAUACUUUAUCAUGCCUUUUAGAUUAGGUAAUCCAUAUUUGCAGAUUUAAUUUUGGUGGUUUUUAUAUAAAGGAGAAUCCAUGUAGUUUCAACUGAAUCCGAAGCCUGAUUUUUUUUUUUUUUUUUUGUAUUAUUCCAAA